GGACGGGGUUUCUAAACUUCUCUCAGCUUUUCUUCUUCGGGGGCUUUGUGGGCUUAGGAAGGGUUGCCUCGUUUCUGUGGUGGUAUGUGAACUGAGCUGGCUACGGUGGUAUGGUUCUGAGUAAGGGAUUGCGCCAUGGUGGUGGUGAGGAUACCCUCCGUGGUACUAUGGGUUGGGGUGGGGAUUGCUCGUGCUGUGGGAUAGGCCGGGCUGAUUUAGAGGUUUAUCUGUUUGCUACUUUUUUUUUUCCUUUUUCUUUUUGCAGUGUGAAAGUCAUCGUCAUCGUCAUGGGAAUAUGGAGUUCGUUUUUCGAUCUAUCUCAUUUCUUGCUUGUCCGUGUCUGUGUCUUCAUCGGUUGAUUCGUAGGAUGGAUUGAUACAAGCUCUGAGAUUUAGAUUUCUGUGAAGAGCAGAGCAGAAAUGCCUAUCCAAGAAUCAUGACAUUAAUACC